GCGGUAUGUCGAUGUGGCCGAUGUGAGAUAACGCGAGUGAUUGAUAACGGAUGUACACAAUACACAAUCACAAUCACACAUUCCACAUGUAAAUACUUUCUUUUUUUUUUAGGGAUUAUGUACAGUUGCAGUUACAUAAAACUUUAGGAUUUUUAACUUUUAAUUGAUUUUCAUUUGUGUCAAUCUGCCCAAUUUAACUCUGUUAUUCAUCAUUCAUAAUGUCGUUAUCACUCGACAUCCAACUGAAAAAAGUCAGUAAAGUGUAUCAAGAAGGGGACACUAUCGCCGGAGCAAUUGUAAUUGAAUCUCCCAACAAUGUGAAGCACGAUGGAUUAACGCUGAGUAUAGAAGGCGCUGUUAAUUUACGCCUGAGUCCAAAAAAUGUUGGAUAUAUUGAAGCAUUCUACAAUUCUGCCAAGCCUGUGCAGCUUGUCUCCUAUUUCGUUGAGGUAGCAGGACCUGGCAAAAUUCCAUCAGGCAAAACUGAGAUACCAUUUGAAGCUGUAUUGAAACCUUUGACAAAUAGGACACUCUAUGAGACUUAUCAUGGGGUUUACAUAACAGUGCAAUAUACUUUACGGUGCGAUUUAAAAAGAAACUUUCUGAACAAAGAUCUAUUCAAAGAAAUAGAAUUUUUUGUUGAAAACAAGCCGAAAGAAUAUGCACCUCCAAAACCAAUGGAGUUUUCUAUCAGCCCCGCUUCAUUACAAAAUGCUCACAAGAAUUACAUUCCUUCUUUUAAAAUUGUCGGCCAUUUAAACUCGACAGUUUGCUCGGUGAAUAAACCUUUCACUGGACAACUGACUGUGGAGCAUUGUGAGAGCUCUAUUAAAUCAGUCGAGUUGCAGCUAGUUCGAGUAGAAACUUGUGGCUGUGCUGAAGGGUAUGCUAGAGAUCCCACUGAAAUACAGAACAUUCAAAUAGGAGAGGGCAACGUUGCAACAGGUCUUGCAAUACCGAUUUACAUGAUUUUUCCCAGAUUAUUCACCAGUGCCACAUUGUGCACCACUAAUUUUAAGAUCGAAUUUGAAGUCAAUCUAGUGGUAGUAUUUCAUGAUGAUCAUCUGAUCACCGAAAAUUUUCCCAUAACUCUUGUGCGGUACUGAUGCUCCUGAAAAAAGCUGAAAGUCGUAAAAUGAACAUCUGUUAACUUCAUUGUCUUUCUUAUAAAAAGUUGGUGUUAUAUACCUUUAAAACCAUUUUACUGUGAUGAAGCGAUUACAUGAAUUUCUAACAAUUUUUCUGUGUAAAAUUGUAUGCUGCUAACUAUUUGUGGUUCUGAUCUGCCUAUGAGGGAAAUUGGAAAUAUAUCCACGCAUUGUUGCCGUAACUUCAAGUUCCAGCACUGAAAGAGAUGAGAACUUAAAUCAGAGGAAAUCCUAAGCCAUUGAUUCAGUGAAGGACUAUGCAUGGAAUAUCCAGAAAUUCUGCGCCGGCUAAAUUUCGGUAUUAUUUCAUAUGAUGCUUCUUAUGGCUACUUGAUGCUCAAGAAUUGCUUUUACUGUUCGGGGAUUGCUUCUACAAACGUCAGACGAAUGACGAAAGAAACAGGAAAAUGAAAAAGAUGGUCUACUUAGGAAGACAUCCUGCUCUUUGUACCUAGAUAUGAGUGUCGACCUGGCAAACUCCAAAUUCUCUCAAGCCUCAACAUGCUGACCAACCUUGGACCUCUUAUAAAUGUUACACUUGACAGGAAAUAUUUUUGUCAAUAUAAGCAUUGGAAACUCA